AUGGAAGUUAAUAAAAUCGAACCUAAAAUCUCAGAACUCGAACAAGAAGUGAAAGAUUUGGUAAAAAAUAUAAAGAGUGUAAAAGUUGUUUUUAGUCCUUCUUCACUUAUAGCAGAUUUUACCAGGAAUGCCGAGACUUUUGGAAGUAUCAAAGUUGAUAAAUCCUCUGUUAUUUCUUUGAGUGGUAACCUUGAGAUAGACAAAGUCGACUUCCGCACUGGAAAAAUUAACAUUCUACAAACUAUUGACGUGUGUAAUGGUGCCGGAACUACAUCUGGUAUAUUUAUACAAAACCUUCUACUUUUUACAGUUCGUGGGAAGAACAAAGUAGUGAAGUAUAACAGUGAAGGAAAAAGUUUGCAAUCAGAAUUAGCACUUCCAGGUUCACCCGAGGAUAUUGCAGUAGUAACACAAUUCAAAGUUGCAGUAUCGUCUCCUGGGCAGGGAGUAUGUUUAGUAGAUAGUGAUAAAAUGAUAUUGUUACAAACCUUGAAUUUACCAGGUAUACCAGUGUAUGGAAUAAGCUUUGUCAAUGAAGAACUAUUUAUUAUUAGUGAUAGUUCCACACUCACAUGGAUAAACCUUUCGUCGGGACAACAAGUAAAUCAAAAGACGACUGGAGGUCAGUCAUACUUUGUGUUAUCAUUAUCACAGACCGAUUAUAUGUAUGCUGACAGUAGAACUACAGUCGAUUAUGUAGUGGGCAAUACGAAAAAGUUUACUUAUACAAACUCUGAAUUUAUUUAUCCUAGAGGGCUAGGAGUAGACUGUAUGGGCAAUUUAUACAUUGCAUCAAAUAGUUCUAGAAACAUCCACCAAAUAACGAACGAAGGAGAUUUCAUAAGAAAAAUUCCGGCUUCAACCGUAGGAAUUUUUAAUCCAUGGGCAAUUCGUUUUACAACGAAAAGUAACAAAAUGGUUGUCACGUGUGGGACUUCUGGCAAAGCAACAAUAUGUGAAUUUGUUUAA